UAGGAUGUUUUCUUGAUGAUCAGAAGGAAAAAAACAACUAUUUUUACUGAUGCGAAAGACAAUACAACUGUUUUGGAGCUUAAAAAAAUGAUUGAAGGAAUCUUAAAAAUUCCUCCAACGCAUCAGCAGCUUUUCAACAAAGAAAACACUGAGAUGGUUGACGGAAAAUCACUGUCCGAUUACGGACUUAAUUCAAACUCGGCAAAAGCGCAAAGUCCUGCAUUAGUUGGACUUGCAUUACUUCAAGAGAAUGGUUCAUUUGAAAAACUAGAAAUAACUCCGUACUCUCAACCACCUGAUCUUCCUGAUGUUAUGAAGUCGCAAGAAGCAAAUGGACAAGAGCAGGCAUCUUGA